GGUUAGCGUUAACGGAAUUUGCGAUAUACUAUAAUUAUAGUACCUAUUCAAUAUUUACUUAUUGCUCUAAUUAGUUGUGACUGUUUACUUUUUUUUUUUAUCCACUUCAACACUUUUUUUUGACGAGUUAAAAUUCGAAUUUCAGUUUUCAGUUAUCGAGUCUCAUUGUUUAUACCACGUUAACGUGUCAGUUCGCCCAGAAGCAAGGAUAAGUGGAAUAAUCCAAGUCACAAUAAAAUAGUUUGAAGGCUUACUCAAUAUUGCUAACCCAAAAUUACAAAUGAGUUCUGAAUUUGUUGAAGGAUGGAGAAUUGCUCAAACAUUAGGCGAAGGAACGUUUGGCGAAGUAAAACUUUUGAUAAACCAAAAUACUAAUGGGACUGUAGCUAUGAAAAUAAUUGAUCUAAAAAAUUUUCCUGAUGCACUAAUGAUGGUAAAAAAAGAAGCAGCUAUACAUUCCCGAUUGAAGCAUUCAAGUAUUAUAAAAUAUUUUGGCCAUCGUCAUAGCAAAGAUAAUUAUUAUAUAUUCUUAGAAUAUGCAUCAGGGGGUGAACUUUUUGAUCGAAUUGAACCUGAUAUUGGAAUGCCUCACUCAGAAGCCAAGAAGUUUUUUAAAGAGUUGCUUGCUGGAGUUGAAUAUUUACAUAGUAAUGGUAUUGCUCAUAGAGAUUUGAAACCAGAAAAUUUAUUAUUAGAUGAACAUGGAAAUUUAAAAAUUAGUGAUUUUGGAUUAGCAACUUUAUUUUUAUGUGGUGGAAAAAGACGUAAACUUGAAAAAAGGUGUGGAACACGACCUUAUUUAGCUCCUGAAGUUCUGUCAGAGUUGCCUUAUCAAGCAGAACCUUCUGAUAUUUGGUCAUGUGGUAUUAUACUGGUUUCUAUGCUAGCUGGAGAGUUACCUUGGGAAAUGCCAUCAGCUGAUGAUGAAGAUUAUAAAUUAUGGAAGACUACUGAUUAUGCUAAUCAUUCACCAUGGUGCAAAUUAGAUACUUUGGCAUUGUCUCUUGUAAGAAAAAUAUUAAUACCCACACCAUCCAAAAGAUAUGAUAUACCAAAAAUUCAAUCGCAUCAUUGGUUCAUUAAGUCAAAAACAAGUGAUAACAAGAAAGUGGGCCUUUCUGUUUUAUCCGAUAGAGGACUUGAUGAUGCUCGUCCUUGUUAUUCUCAACCCGCUCCAGCAGCCGUUCCAUUUUCUGUAUCUAUUCCACCGAAUGAAUCUGAUAUACAUUCAUUUACUCAGCCUACUCAGGUUGAAGAUUUAUUGUUGUCUUCGCAAAUUCAGACAUCACAAACUGUAUCGACUACAUUAAACAAUUCUAUUCAGAAAUUAGUCAAAAGAAUGACGAGAUUUAUUGUUUGUUUAUCAUCUGAUGAAGCAUUAGCUACUUUAUCACAGUUUCUUGAUGAUUUGGGGUAUACGUGUAAAAUCAAUACAUCUGGUUUGGUUACAAUCACUACCGCUGAUCAGCGUUUAGUGUUUAAAUCGAAUGUGAUUCCAAUGAAUCAUCAGACACUUAUGGACUUUAGACUUUCAAGAGGUUGUGGUUUAGAAUUUAAAAGACAUUUCGUUGCCAUUAAAAAUGCAAUGUCAAAAUUUAUAUCCAAAGGUCCGAUCAUGUGGCCGGUUGCUAUGGCAACCAAUACAGUUCCAUGAAUGAUAAAUAUGUACCAUAUUUAAUUUGAUAUAGAAGAUAAUCGAGACUGAUGUAUAUAAGAUAAAUUAUUAAUUUAUAUUAUUUUGUAUAAAGUAGAUUAAUCUAUGUAAAAGAAUGUGUAUGUGACAAUCCAGAUUUAUAUAAUUUUAUAUGGUAAGUUACUGUGAUUAAUUAUGCUCACUACUAUUAUACAACAGGAUGAAACAACAUACCAUGCGUGUUCAUCUAAUAUUUUGUUUACUUUACAACCGACAGGACGAUAGCUUUAAAAAAUGAUAAGAUUUUAUUUUAUACAUUGUACUAUAAACAAUUGUCACAACCACAGCUUUGUUUACAACUGUGAUUAUCUCAUAUUGCAACUUUGUAAGCUUAUAAAUUAUUUUUUUUUAAUUUU